AUGUCUGAGCAGACAUGUGUGUUGGUAGAAUGUUUUCUUCUGGUUAUCAGGAUCUUAUUUAAUCACAGUCAUGCAUAUGCCUACAGCUCCUCUGAGUGUUAUUUCAGAAUCAAAGAAGAUUUUCACCAUAAAGGAGAUGUGGUCAUUGGUGUAUUUUUACCAGUUCAUACUUUUUACACAGGCGGCAAAGUUUCACAUCAUUAUCUGCCAUACUUUUACGCUGACCUUCACAUACAGUACAAUUUUAAAAUAUACCAUUUGGUUCUGACCCUGGUAUUUGCCAUUGAAGAGAUCAACAGGAACCCUCAUCUUUUACCAAACAUAUCUCUGGGAUUUGAUUUUUAUAAUGUCCCAUUCACUGAGAAAGGCAUUCUUGCCAGUGCCCUUAUUUGGCUCACUGGCCUGAGUAUUCCCAUCUCUAAUUAUAACUGUGUAAAGGAGAGAAAGUCAGCUGCUGCACUAACAGGACCAUUAUGGGCAAGAUCUACCCAUAUUGCAACACUGCUUCAGCUCUACAAAUUUCCACAGCUUACUGUUGGUCCUUUUGAUGCUAUCUUCAGUGACCAAGAUCAGUUUCAUUCUCUCUACCAGAUGGCCCCCAAAGGCACAACUCUGGCUCUUGCCAUGGUCUCUUUGAUGAUUCAUUUUGGUUGGACCUGGAUUGGUCUUAUUGUCCCAGAUGACCACAGAGGAACUCAGUUUCUAGCAGAUAUAAGAGGAAAUAUGGAGAAAAAUCAAGUCUGCAUAGCUUUUGUUGAAAUGAUCCAAAGCACCUGGAAUUCAUUUCCUUACAAAUACUGGAAAAGUCUUGGCAUGGUCCAGGAAUCAUUGGCCAAUAUCAUCAUCAUUUAUGGUGACACUGAUUCACUACAAGGUUUAAUGAGAAAUCUAGGGCAACAGAUUUUGACCAGUAAAGUCUGGGUCAUGACCUCCCAGUGGGAUGUUACUAAUAUUGUUGAUUAUUUCUUGCUAGAUUCAUUCCAUGGAAGUCUCAUUUUUUCACAACACCAUGAGCAGGUGGCUGAAUUUAAAAAUUUUAUCCAAACAGUUAAUCCUUAUAAAUACCCAGAAGACAAUUACCUUCCUAAAUUGUGGUUCUUGUUCUUCAAGUGCUCAUUUUCAGAGCUUGAUUGUCAUCUUUUGGAGAACUGCCAACCCAAUGCUUCCUUGGAAUUACUGCCUAGACACAUUUUUGAUAUCGCAAUGAAUGAAGAUAGCUAUAAUACAUACAGUGCUGUUUAUACUGUGGCCCACAGUCUCCAUGAGCUGAGUCUUCAGCAAGUACAAAUGCAACAAUUAGGGAGUGGGGAAAGAAUGGUGUUCUAUCCCUGGCAGCUUCAUCCUUUCUUGAAGAAUAUCCAUGUGGGGGCCAAGAUGACUUUAGAAUGGAAACAGAAGUCAGAUGAUAAGUAUGAUAUUCUCAACUAUUGGAAUUUUCCAAAGGGUCUUGGACAAAAAGUGAAAGUAGGAAUUUUUUCGCCCCAUGCUCCCCAAGGUCAACAGUUGUCACUGUCUGAACAGAUGAUAAGAUGGCCAGAAAAAUAUUCAGAAAUUCCUCAGUCUGUGUGCAGUGAGAGCUGUGGGCCUGGAUUCAAGAAAGUUUCCCAGGAGGGCAAGGCUGUUUGCUGCUAUGAUUGCACUCCAUGUGCAGACAAUGAGAUUUCCAAUGAGACAGAUGUGGAUCAGUGCAUGAAGUGUCCAGAAAGUCAUUAUGCAAACAUAGAGAAGAAAGACUGCCUCCAGAAAGCUGUGAGUUUUCUUGAUCAUAAGGACCCCUUGGGGAUGACUCUCACAACCAUAGCUCUGUGCUUCUCUAUACUCACAGCUGUGGUUCUUGGACUCUUUGUGAAGCACAGAGACACUCCAAUUGUCAAGGCUAAUAAUAGGACCCUUAGUUAUACACUGCUUAUCACACUCACUGUCUGUUUCCUCUGUGCCUUGCUCUUCAUUGGCCAUCCCAACACCACAACCUGUAUCCUACAGCAGAUCAUAUUUGGAGGUGCUUUCACUGUGGCUCUUGCCACUGUGUUGGCUAAAGCUAUGACUGUGGUUAUUGCCUUCAAGGUCACUUUUCCAAGGAGAGUGGUGAGGUGGUUAAUAGUAUCAAAGGCUCCGAACUUCAUCAUUCCCAUAUGUACUCUGAUCCACCUUGUCCUCUGUGGAAUCUGGCUAGGGACUUCUCCUCCAUUCCUUGAGCAAGAUUAUCAUGCUGAACAUGAAAAUAUCAUCAUCAUAUGCAACAAGGGCUCAACUUUUGCCUUCCAUGGAGUCCUGGGAUACCUCUGCUCCUUGGCACUUGGGAGCUUUACUAUGGCAUUCAUGUCCCGGAAUCUGCCUGACACAUUCAAUGAAGCCAAGUUCCUCUCAUUCAGCAUGCUGGUGUUCUUCUGUGUCUGGGUCACAUUCCUCCCUGUCUACCACAGCACCAAGGGGAAGGUCAUGGUGGCUAUGGAAGUCUUCUCCAUCUUGGCUUCUAGUGCAGCCUUGUUUGGCUUCAUUUUUGUCCCUAAGUGCUAUAUUAUCUUAAUAAGGCCAGAGAAGAAUUCACUUCAUCAUAUCAGGAACAGGCCACAUUCUAGAAGGAAUACCUUUCUCAAAACCUAG